AUGUAUAGCGAGACACCCAAAGUCCCCGAAAUCCAGGAUGCAGACAAGACCGAACAGGUCGUCGAAGCAGAAGUGGCAGUUCAUCCCCCCGCCGAUGUCGAACGGGCCGAGAAGGUACAGGCAAAGACAUGGCUUGCCAUCAUCUGUCUCGGAGCCACGUAUGGGUGCUGUCAGGGCAUCAAUCUGAUCCCCCUCAACGUGGUCAAUGUGAUCCAAGCCGAUCUGGGGAACCCGGUCCUUGCCAGCUGGAUCGGUACGGGCUAUUCGAUUACCCUGGGAGUCGGAAUCCUGGUUGCCAACUCUCUCGCUGAUCUUCUCGGUCGUCGUUGGUUCAUCAUAUGUGGUGGUAUUCUGACUGCCGUCGGUAACAUUGUCGGUGCAACCGCGAGCAGGACAUCUUCCGUGGUCGUUGCUACUUCGAUCCUGGGGUUCGCCCAAGGAGGUGUCACCUGUACCAUUCCCGCCGCCAGCGAACUCAUCCCCAAAAAGUAUAGAGGCUAUGUGGUCGGGCUUAUGAACCUGUGUCUGGGUAUCUGGUCCAUGUCUGGCAAUUUGGUUGGCCCGGGAUGGCGGUCUGUCUUCUGGAUGUCGCUCGCUAUCAACGCAGCCGCCACGCUGGGCGUCUGCUUCACCUACUUUCCUGCACCUCCCCUAGCAUCUUUUCGAGCCACGGGACAAACGUUCCUCAAAGCCAUGGACUGGAUCGGUCUGUUUGCCAUCGUCACGUUUCAGGUUCUGGUCUCGCUGGGUAUUACUUGGAUCACCACGUACGGAGCCACAUCGGCGCGUUUUCUGGCGCCGUUCCUCGUGGGGAUUGCUGUCGCCGUAGCUCUGGGCUUCCACCAGGCCUAUCUGGCCAAGAACCCGUUCUUACAUCCAUUCCUCUUCCGACGUGUUCGCACCUUUACCAUGAUGUGCGUCAUCGCCUUGGUGGGAGGCAUGCUCUUCUACUCGUUGUCCGUCUUCUUCUCCACUUACCUCGAGCUUCUGUUCGACGGGGACAAUCAGGUCAAGAUCGGCGUUGACAACCUCCCCAUGGCCGUCCUGGUCAACUUUGGCGGCGUCAGCAGCGCGCUCACUCUGCCGAUCCUGGGUCCCCUCGUUGGAACUCGCGUGAUGAUGGUCGUUGGAGUCUUGUUCCAAGUCCUGUUCAUCCCCCUGAUGUGUCUUGUCGGAGUCCACGGCCGUUCCAUGGCCCUGGCCUUCUCCGCCCUGGGCGGGUUCGGCAUCGGAAUCAUGGAGACCCUAACAAUCCUGGUGAUCCAAUAUGCCUCCCCGGACGAGUACCUGGGCUUUGCCUACGGUAUUCUUGGCCUGUGUCGGGGCAUUGGCGGAUCCGCAGGCACCGCCAUCUACGUGACCAUCUUCUCGAGCAAGUCUGCAACCCUGGUGCCCGAGAGGGUGUCCGCCGCCGCCGUGGCGGCCGGUCUCCCGCAAAGUUCCAUCGCCCAGCUGCUGGGGAUCCUCACAGGGGUGGUGAGAGAGCCGAUCACGUCCGUGCCGGGCAUCAACGCGCAGAUUAUCGCCGUGUCGACGCUGGCCCUGAAAAAGGCAUAUUUGGCCUCGUUCAAAUACGUCUGGCUCACCAGCAUUCCGUUUGGGGUUAUUUCGCUGCUGUGCGCCCUCGCGACGAAGGAUGUGAGUAAAUGA